AAAAUGCUCUCUAUGAGUUUUAGAAAUAUGAAGGGAGUACUAAUUCUACCACAACCACUCGUUCGGAUAAAACAUGCGUUGAACUAAAUAAGCCGGCACUAGUGCUUCAACAAAAAGAUAAGACAAUGCCGGCAUUGCCCCAAUACUUUCAUGCAUGCAAACAUAUAUGCCUCAACCUGAACCAGAUACGCAUAAUCACACCGUCCUCCGGCUGCCGGAAAAAGGGUUUGCGAGAGGUGAGAAUAAUCCGGGCAGAAAGGCCUCCGGCGGACCAAUUUGCUUCACUACAAUCAGGGUUUAGGCGGCGGCUUCUUCUCGGUUUAGGGACAGCUUCUGUGGUUGCUCUUGGUGCUGAUUUUCUCGGAGUCACAAGUUUUCUUCUCGGGUUGUCGCCGGAAAGUAGUAGGAGUCUUAAGCUGGAUGUGGUUUAUCCCAUAGGAGGCUACAGUAGGUGCAUUGACACAAAUGAAGGAUUUGAAUUUAUAUACCCAGCAAGUUGGGUUGGAGAUCAAACACUUCUGUAUCGAGCAGCAGAGAAAAAGGAAUUUGAAAGAUCACUUGAUCCUCCUCCCUUGAACUUCAACACCAAAUCCAGGACUGAUGGCCGCCGACGAAAUGUCAGUGAACCCGUUGUCGCAUUUGGCCCGCCCGCAACCACCGGCGAGCUCAAUGUUAGCGUCAUUGUGUCGCCAGUUGCUCCUGAUUUCAAAAUUGAAGCAUUUGGAGGACCAAAAGAGGUAGGAGAAGCCGUGGUUAGGACCGUCACAGGAUCCGGCAAACGCCCCGGCAUCAAGGGAACUUUGAUCGAAUCAAAAUUGAGAGAGGAUAGUGCAAGCAAUGUUAAGUACUACGAGCUUGAAUUCAGAGUUGAGAGCCCCUUGUUUCACCGGCAUAACAUCGCAGUAUGUUGCGUUCGUGGUGGUCGGUUAUUUACACUUAAUGCUCAGGCACCGGAAUCAGCAUGGCCGGAGUUGAAGUCUGACUUCCAUAGAAUUGCCGAAUCGUUUAGCCUCACCUCUUGAUAUGAAGAGAGUGCAUUGCCGUUUCGUGUUCGGCGAUUCUCAGGUCGUCAAUCACAUAGUUACAGAAGAAAACUAUGAAGUGUUGGCAUUUACUCACUUUUUCAUUAACUAAUGGCACAAGUGCUACAUUGUUGUUCGAAAAAUUCUUCAAGUGCAGCAUAUAAGCACAUUUAUACAUCGA